AUGGAUAAAAAUAAAUUUAGCAAGACGAUGGACAUGCACAAAGGGAGUAAGACUAUAGUCAAUCCAGCAACUACUGUCAAUUCUAUGGCUACAAAUAUCAAACGGGUGUAUCAUAACGAUAAGACAUCGACAUAUUGGUUGCCAAAGGACGAUGAAGAGCAAAUGAGGCUUACAGGACAACACUAUGCUUUCAAGAGCCUAUAUGGAGGAAAUGUGUUACCUAGUGUAAUAGAUGCUUUGGACUUUCAAAAGGGAAUCAACAUUCUUGAUGUAGGAUGUGGAUCUGGCAUAUGGGUUAUGGACAUGGUACAAGAGUAUCCUAAUUGUGCCUAUCAUGGAUGUGAUAUAGAUGACAUUACCUACAAGAAAAUAAGGGUAAAUCAAUUUACCUUUAGCAAAGGAAACGUAAUCAAAGGGCUCCCAUAUGAAGAUAAUACGUUUGACUUUGUUCAUAUGAGAUUCUUUGUGGCUGCUCUCCGUGAAGAAAAUGAAUGGCCAACGGCUUUAGGCGAAGUGAUACGAGUUACUAAACCAGGAGGUAUGAUCCAAGUGUCCGAUUUCGAUUUAAAGGUACCAAAGGACACCACUAGCUUACUUUAUAAAGCCGUAUUGGGCUAUCAUCACAUUUGCAAAUCAAGAGGACAGAAUCCAAAUAUAGGAGCUGAGCUCGAGACGAUGCUGUCAAAACAUAGUAACAUAAAGAUUGUUCAAUCUGAUUAUAGAACUUGCGAUAUGAGUUCUGGUACAUCUACGGCAAAGAUGUUUAUUUGGGAUAGCUUAGAAGGAGUAAAGAGUGCUAAAGAUGUGUUAGGUCCAAUGUUAGGAGUAAACACUCCGGAAGAAUUGGAAGACUUUCUAAUUAGAUAUAGACAUGACUUGGAAACAAAAGAAAGCCCGGUCUCUUUCAAUUCCGUUGCUGUGCAAAAGCUUCCAGUUGUAUAA